AUGGCGACAAGAUCUUUGCCAAACAUCAUCGUGACGGGCACCCCCGGGACGGGAAAGACGACACACUGCGAAACACUGGCGCAACGCACAGGACUAAAGCACAUAUCGGUCACGCACAUUGUCAAAGACAAGGAGUGCCAUGAGGGCUGGGACGAGGAAUAUCAGUCCUGGAUUGUGGAUGAGGAUAAGCUCCUGGAUGCAAUUGAGGAUGAUGCAAAGGCUGGUGGCUGCAUCAUUGAUUGGCAUGCCUGUGACCUGUUUCCCAAAAGCUGGAUCGACCUAGUCGUCGUGCUGAGGGCGGAUUCGGCAACGCAUUAUGACCGGUUGAAGGCAAGAAACUACCCCGAGAACAAACUCCAAGAGAACCUGGACUCGGAGAUCAUGGAGGUGCUGCUACAGGAAGCACGGGAUUCCUACGAUGCCGAGAUCGUGGUGGAGCUGCAGAGCAACACGACAGAUGAAAUGGAGGCCAAUGUCGACAGGAUCGAGGCUUGGUUGAGUCAAUGGAAGAUUGACAAUGGCGUCUGA